AUGGAGACGAGGAACUCCCAAAAGAUGAGAGUCUGGAUCUGUUGCAAGAUGAAGGUGAAGAAGAUCUCCACCACCUUCUUCACUGGGAUUAUCAUUAUGUCUCUCUUAUUCCUGGCUGUCGGCUUUCACUCCAAGUACCAGGCUCAGACAAAUUUCGACCAAUGGCUCCACAACAGGCUCGGGUUUGGUCCCCACCCAUCCCAGAGCUCAAAAGUUCACCGCGUACAGAGGAACAGGUCAACUAAACAGCAUUCUCCUCGGUCCUGUCAACCCAAAACAAAUGUGAUGUUCCUGAAGACCCACAAAACAGCAAGCAGCACCGUUCUGAACCUGCUCUACCGCUUUGGGGAGAAACACAACCUGACCUUUGCCCUGCCUAGCAAGUACCUGCUUGACUAUCCCAAGUUUUUCAGAUCACGCAGCGUAAAGGGCUUCCCACUGCAGGACGGACGACACUACAAUAUCAUGUGCAACCAUAUGAGGUUCAACCGGUCUGAGGUCCAGAAAGUGAUGCCAGCAGACACCUUCUACUUUUCUAUUCUGCGUAACCCAGUCACUAUGGCUGAGUCCUCAUAUAGCUACUUUAAGUUUUUGGCUCCAUCUUUCAACCGCUCUGCCAGUUUUGAGGACUUUAUUACUGAUCCCUGGAAGUAUUACGUACCAAACCUGCGCUACAACCACUUGGCUCGAAACCUGCUUUGGUUUGACUUUGGCUUUGACCACAAUGCUAACUUCUCACUGCAGUCUGCCCAGGUCGGGGUGGCAGAAAUCCAGCAGUCUUUCCAUCUCAUCCUAUUAGCUGAAUACUUUGAUCAAUCAAUGGUUCUCCUUCGGGAUGCCCUCUGUUGGUCACUGGAUGAUAUUGUCACCUUUAGGCUUAACUUUCGCAGUAAUGAGACUCAAUGGCGCCUGUCCCCAGCACAGGAGGACCGACUUAAGCAGUGGAAUGCUAUGGACUGGUAUUUAUACCAAAGUUUCAAUAAAACUUUCUGGCAGCAGGUGGAGAGUUUUGGAAAAAGUAGGAUGGAUCAGGAAGUGGCCAGCCUUCAGGCCCGCCGAGAAGAACUUGCAAAUCUCUGCCUGUUGAAAGGAGGGAAACCAGCAGAUGCAAGCCAGAUUCUUGAUGAAGUUGUUCAGCCAUACCAGUCUGGCCAGGCUGACAUCCUGGGAUACAAUCUGAAUUUAAACCUCAGCCUUCCAGACAAAGAACGCUGCUUGCGGAUGAUCAUGCCAGAACAUCAGCAUAAGGAUUUGCUGGAUAGCAAACAGUUUCCAAGCACAGAAGCUGUGAAAAAGCAAACUGUAGCUAAUGGGGACAGCAGGCUUCAAGAAAAGGUCCAAGAGGCAAUAAAAGUGACCAUGUCCUCGAAAAACAGGACAAGUCCAACUAGAAGCUUGCUAGAGACCCCAGGAACCUCAUAUCUCAUCAGUACUGAUGUGUCCUGA